CGGCAGCAUUGACGUCAACUCCGCAGAACGCACAUGCGCAAACCGCCCGCCCACCAGCCCACUUACCACCACCACCCUAGCCCGUGCUACUGACCGUCGCUGGCACGCUUGGUAACAAGCAGUUCUCUCCUCCGUCAUCCGCCAUCCCAGCCGACUGGAUUGCUUGAUCAUCUGCCUGCUGCUCUGCUUCUCCAUCAUUCCUCUGCCGCCCUCGCUCUUCUUUCCUCCACAUCCCUCGUUCGUCACUCACCCCAUCGCAAUCAAGCCCCAGCAACCUCCCCUCGUUGAAGGCAAAGACCGCAAACCUACAGUCUCCUUACUGCGAGUCUUGCCGUCUCAGCCAGCGUCGUCGUCCUUCGGCCGAACAGCAGCAGCAUGCGAGAUUCCUCGUAGACGGUACCAAUCCCGCACAGAACUUUCCAGCUCUUACGAUGACGAAACAGGAAGAGAGUUCGCAAUCCAUCCGUGUCGAGGUGCCCGUCACGCCUGGCGUCGUAUCGUCUGGCAAGUCCACCUAUUUUGAGCAGGAACGUCCGGCCACCUCGUCUUCCGAGAAGCUGCCCUUCGACCCCGCUGGCUCCACCCCAGGCCCGCGAUGGAACGCAAACGCGUAUGAGCCGUCGCAGGAGUCUGCUGGCGUCAAUGCCGGCAGUGCUCGUGCGAGAGGCGCGUUCCCCAAUGAUGAGCUGGCCCAAGAUCCCGUCAAGAUGUAUCCGUCCCUGAACUUGAGCGGCCACAUCAUCAGCGUAACGUUCAACGUGCCGUACAGCAUCGGCUUCGUCCCAGGGAAGGACUGGGACCUACAACCCCGUCGCGGCACGUCUUCUCUCUUCGACUCUCUUUCUUACCUUGCCUCCUCGUCUUCGUCAUGGAACCACACCCUUGUCGGCUGGACGGGCGAAAUUCGAAAAAUGCCGGAUGCGGACACGCUCAAAAACGUAUCCGCUCCGCGCAGCAAACUAUCCGAACCCAUUUCGCUGCCUGGCAUGCCAAAGCCCAAGUUUAUCGAUCCGAACGAGAGUAUGCUCAUCACAAAAGCUGAUCGUCAACGCCUGGAGAAGCAGCUUGAACGCGAUCAUGGUGGCAAGAUCGUGCCCGUGUGGCUGACAGACGAGGGGAAGGAGGGCAAGGACGACGUCUUCACCAUCAAAGAUCAGAGCAGAUGGCGUAGAUUUGCAAGAAAAGAGCUCUACACCCUGUUCCAUUACAAACAGAACGAACCCACCGACGCAAAAGCUGCCCGCGUCGCCUGGGCUGACUACUACAGAAUGAAUGUUCUCUUCGCCAACCGCGUCAUGGACGUGUACAAACCUGGCGACGUUGUUAUCGUGCACGACUAUAACCUUAUGCUCGUGCCUAGCUUGUUGCGUCAGCGUCUUCACACAAUCUAUGUCGGUUUCUUCCUUCACAUUCCCUUCCCGAGCAGCGAGUACUACCGCUGUCUUGGCCGUCGAAAGGAGAUCCUCGAAGGCGUACUUGGCGCCAACAUGAUCGGUUUCCAAGCCUUGAGCUACGCUCGACAUUUCUCUUCAUGUUGCACGCGCAUCUUGGGCUUUGAUUCUUCAGCCUCGGGGGUUGACGCCUUCGGAUCGCAUGUAGCUGUAGAUGUCCUGCCGAUCGGCAUCAAUGCCCACGCUACAGAGAAGGCUGCAUUUGAGGAUCCAAAAGUCGAGGAAAACAUAAAACGCAUCAAGGAGAUGUAUGCAGGAAAGAAGAUCAUCAUUGGCCGUGACCGUCUUGACGCAGCACGGGGUAUCACACAAAAGCUGCAAGCCUUCGAACUGUUCCUGGAACGCCAUCCCGAAUGGGAGGAUCAGGUCGUGCUCAUACAAAUAACAAGCCCGACAGAUAUGAAUACCGAAGGUCGGGACGGUGAGAGCAAGGCGCUGGAAAAGAUCUCCGAACUGUCUGCGAGGAUCAACGGCCGGUACGGUUCGAUAGGAUUUUCACCAGUACGUCAUCUGCCACACUACCUUUCUCGUGAAGAGUAUUUUGCGCUGCUACGCUCCGCAGACGUGGGGCUAAUCACCAGCGUACGCGACGGCAUGAACACCGUCAGUAUGGAAUAUGCCAUCUGCCAGAAAGAAAAUCACGGCCAACUCAUCUUAUCCGAGUUCUCCGGCACGGCUCACAACCUGGAAGACGCACUGCACGUCAACCCGUGGGAUCUGGGCAAAGUAUCAGAUGCCAUCAAUGAAGCACUUUCGAUGUCGGAUGCCGAACGUGCGAUAAGGAGCAACAAACUGUACGAGCACGUCCGGACACACAACAUCCAGAACUGGACCAAGAGCUUCAUCAAACAUCUGUUGUCGAGCUUGGAGUCCUUUGAUCACUCUUUCGUCACUCCAGUCCUGAACAGGGUGCUUUUACUUAAACAGUAUCGCAAUGCUGAUAAGCGCAUCUUCAUGUUCGACUACGACGGCACUCUCACACCCAUUGUUCAAGAUCCCAAGUCUGCCAUCCCGUCCGACCGUGUGCUACGGAACAUCAAAGCCCUGGCUGCAGACCCGAAAAAUGCCGUCUGGAUCAUCAGCGGCCGUGACCAAGCCUUCCUGGAGGAGUGUUUCGGCCACGUGACUGAGCUUGGCCUCAGUGCUGAGCACGGCAGUUUUGUUCGUUACCCAGGGAGGGAGGACUGGAUUGACAUAACUGAGGAGUUCGGCAAGCAGUGGCAGGACGACGUGCUAGCCACGUUCCAAUACUUCACCGAAAAGACGCCAGGAAGCUUUAUAGAACGUAAGAAGGUCGCGGUGACUUGGCACUACCGACGCGCGGAUCCUGAGUUCGGUGCUUUCCAGGCGUCUGCGUGCAGGAAACAGCUAGAGCGCACGGUUGCAACUAAGUUCGACGUCGAAGUCAUGGCGGGCAAGGCGAAUCUGGAAGUCCGGCCGAAGUUCGUGAACAAAGGAGAGAUUGUGAAAGCGUUAAUCAAAGAGCACACAGAUCGUGGGCAGACGCCUGGGUUCGUGUUUUGCGCUGGUGACGACUUCACAGAUGAAGAUAUGUUCCGUGCCUUGAACCAGUCCGGUCUUUCAACCGAGAGCGUGUUCACGGUUACUGUCGGUCCAUCUUCGAAACAGACGCUGGCCUCAUGGCAUGUCGUCGACCCGGGGGACAUCCUGAGCACGAUCGGUCUGCUCAACGGCAACGCGGACGAAGCGAGUGCAGGAGACUUUGUCAGUUGCUGAUGAGGAAGCGCUAGAGAAUCGGUUCUAGAAAAGGAAAUUUUAAGAAAGGGGUCCAGAGAUGCGGUGUGCAUGAGCUAACACACAACUGGCGUUUUCUGGCAUAUCAUCAGCGCCUCAGCUGUUGUAUUUCAUUCAAAGAGGUGAGGUAUCCUUUAGCGGGUGUCUUGAGCGUCGGCGACCAGCACAUUAAAAGUUCGCCAUAAAUGCUUGUACGAGCAUGAGAAGGCGUAAUGUGAGGGGCUUCAGAGGACGGGGAAGAAUAGCAAAGAGAGCUCCACCCCUGAGACAGCCAAAAUCGGGGCAAUUCACGCAGAAUAGAGUGAGAGCGGAACAGCGAUAGAGCGUGGUAAUAGAGAUAAGUAAUCAUUUACUAGACUCAUAGUCCACUGCCUACCUCAAUAUACGUACGAAUUGCUCUGGAGGGAAAUAGACGAAGAUUAUGGAUGAGAUUUGAGAACUACAUGAGCAAGUCUCUCAAUUCAACACAUCUUUGAUCAGUACUUGGAACCCUACAUACGCGACAGUCAAAAGUGCAUUUUAUCUUGUUCCUUUCUG